GCGUCCUGCAGUCUGACAACAUCGUACUUUUGGUCACGUAUCUGUCGCCUGUCCGGAGCUUUUACCCGUUCGUCUGGAGAUGAACAGCGUCGGGGAGGCCUGCACCGACCUGAAGCGGGAGUACGAUCAGUGUUUCAACCGCUGGUUCGCGGAGCAGUUCCUGAAGGGGGACCGCGGCGGCGACCCGUGCACGGAGAGCUUCCGGAGUUACCAGCGGUGCGUGCAGAAGGCCAUCAAAGACAAGGACAUCCCGAUCGAUGGGGUGGACUUUAUGGGCCCCAACAAGGAUAAACCUGAGAGCUGAUGGAGUCCGGGUGGUCCAGAACAAUCCUGAACCGGGUCCAGGAUGCCUGUGCAGACAGACUAGUCCGUGAACUGGGUCACGUCACGGUACCUGAGGCCUGAAACUUGUCGAGACAAAGUUCAAAUUCCACGAGUCACGUGGGCCUUAUCGUCCGCCAUGUUGGAAAGUUUACUAUAAAAAUAUUUAUAUGAAUGUCCGCCAUGUUGGAAAGUUUGACUAAAAUAGUCAUAUUAAUGUCGGCCAUGUUGGAAAUAUUACAAUAAAAAUAUUUUAACGACCGCCAUGUUGGAA